CAUGCCCAUGGAAGAUGCAAGGCACACGAGCCGAGCAGUUCAGUUGCCUUUAACCGGCCUUAAAGUAAAGGUUGGGUUUCCGCCGAUCGCCGUGCGCGUGCACAGGGACAGAGUUAGAGCCACCGGCUUAUCGUACGGAUUGCGCCGAGAAUGAAAUUCUUUCCUCGUCCGGUCGAAUACAGCAGCAGUUUUUCUUCGUACAGCGUACUCGACAAUAAAAGAAAACGGCUGGAACGUUUAUGGCCGAACGGCAGUAGUACACGCGGCUGAAAUUCGCCUGAACGGAGAGAACGCAUACCGCUACUUUACCUCAGACAGUUUUCCCCGUGUCACUCCUACGGCGCACGGGCGAGGUGGAUCACCGGCCGUUGUCUCAAGCAGAGACGCGUUUGUUUUCAAGUGCCGCGGAAAAUAUAAUCAACGUUCGCUGUCCACCGAGUGGGUGAAACCGGAACCAAGGAAGAACCGAGGAAAAAAUUUCGACGGAGACAAGAGGCGGGACGCGCCUUUCUUCUGCGUAUCGGUUCAAGUUUUCCGCGCGAUUUUCAAAGUCGCGCCAAAGUGUGUUCCAUACUGGAUACUAUUUCUCUCUUGGGUUACAACACGAAGUGGCCGACAGGCAAGAUGCCGGUGCCUGUUUGGGAUUGCUCUGACCUGGGCCUGCUAUACGAGCCCCAGGACACUGCGACGGUGGUGUCCGACGACAUAUGGAAGAAGUUCGACCUGGAACAGUUCCCGCUGGAACGGGUGGUGGACUCGGCGUUCUCAGACAUGUAUCACGAGCGCAACUUCGACGAUGGCGUCCUGCCGGACCUGCUCUGCGACAAGAGCACCAUGUCGCGGAAGAUCCGGCACCACGACUGCAUGUGGGCGGGGCUGUGCAUCAGCAAGGAGCACAACAGGACGUUGCCCGCGAAGAAGGACUCGCAGAUACAGAAAAGGGUGCCCGCGGGACGUAGUCUACUGAUAUCACGGGCGAGCGCCGUGCCUACCGCCACGUCGCUGCCCAUGGGUCAGCACCACCAGCACCAGCAGCAUCAGCAGGCCCAGCAACAGUGCCGCGCGAAAAGUUUAGACACCUACGGUGAUUUCACCAGGCCGGAAACACCACAGACCUCUGGCUCUUCCGACACGGAGAGCAGCGACUCCGACACAGGGCCGUUCUUUAGGCACGAACAGAUCAAUAUACACGAGAAACUGUCUGAGUGCAUGUCGGAGGCGGCUACCAAGGCUGUGCCAGUGAGCGAGGUCACCGGUCAACUGUUCAGGUUCAACAACAGGAGGAAAGAGGAGGAAGAUAAAGGUCAGUGUCAAGUGCACAAGGAAAUCAAUGUCAGGAAUACCCUGAGCGAUCAUUGCUAUCAUCUGAACCAGCCCAUCAGUAAGAAUCUGGAACACCUUGGCGUGCAGACACCCUCCGAUUCCGAAGAAGAAGAGAUUGACGUGGUGACGUGUGAGAAGUCAUCUAGGCCGGCGGCGCUGCCCACGUACCCCAGCCCCGCGGACCAGCAGCAUUUCCAGUUAACAGUGAAUACCGCGUUCAAAGACAAGGCUCCAGCUCCGCGACCCCGCGGCCGACCGCCCUCGAACCCGGCGCGGAAGAGGGCCGCACAGGCAGAGUACAAGCCGGUGAAACGUGCGCGUCACAGGCCCUACCAGAGGAGAAAUAAGGUGGGCAGAUGCGUGACCACCGCGGCUACCCCAGCGUCGAUGAAACUACCAGCGGCGAUCGUAUCGAGAAGCUCGUCGGACGACGAGUUGGACACUGAGAAGAGGAGCCUGCACAACAACAUGGAACGCCAGAGGCGGAUAGAGCUGCGGAACGCGUUCGAGGAGCUGCGAGUGUUGGUGCCAGCGGUCGAGUCGAAGGAGAAGGCGCCGAAAGUCGCGAUCCUCAGGCAGGCGGCCGUCUACUGUGAUAUGUUGUCGGAGAACGAUCAGAUCAUCGUGUCCAAGGUGACGGAGCUGAGGCGGAGGCAAGAAAAGCUCAGAGCAAAGCUGAGUCAGCUGAGGAGGAGUCUCGCCAUGACGCGUUGAGCAGGGACUCUGUGCGGGAUUGUAGAUUAGAUUCAGCCGACCAAAACUACCCUGCCUCUUCUCGGUACGUUUGAGUCCAACCGCGAAAAGAAGAUCGGCAACAAUCACGCUCGACUUUCGAAGGUGAGAGACCCUUCGACUCCGGGAACAGAGCAGUCUUCGCCGAACCGACCGCGCGCUCCAGCGGCGGGGCGGGGAAGACACUUCGGAGCGGAGCGGAGCAGAACGGAGUGCGUCGUACGGGGAUGCAGCGGAAGAGAUGCAGAGGCUGACUCGAUACUGAGUGUGAGGGAUGCUGCGUUGCGGUUCUGCGAUCGUUCGCGCGUGAUGAUUCACGGGACGCCGCGCGGCGCCGUGCGUCGUGCACACAGAGACAUGCAGAUGUGGAUGUUAUCGAAUCUUUUUGAAUCCGUUUGAGAACAGGAGAACGCAUUUGGAGGGUUGUUUCGUUGACGUGAAGAGGAAGAAUCGAGAUAUAUAUCGAUACCGCCGCAUCAUCAUCAUCAUCGUAAUCAUCAUCAUCAUCGUGACGCAGAGAACACACUAAAGAAUUGGUGCCAAAUAUUGUAGAGAAGACCGAAGAGAGACCGACCGUUUAGAGCUUUCGAGACGAUUUUAUAUUUUUUAAAUAGGAUCGGAAGCUACGCGAGAAGAAACGAGAGGGAAGGCUUGGUUCGCUUCGGGACGGGAUCAUGAGAGGUAUAUUCGUUAAGGACGCGAGACAGACCGGGUUCAGCUCGCCGGUAGACGGAAACACUGUUUACGACGUUCCUUUCGAACUUCUGUUCGGGCAUUUCUUUUCUCUCUUUUUGUUUCUUCGUUUCCCGGUACAUUUUUUGUUCUGUUUUUGCUUUUCAUUUAAACGCACACCGCGAGGAGAAGGAAGGAAUGGAAGCGCGUGCGUGUAGUUCAAUCGUUGAAUGUUAAAAGUCAAUUCUACUUUUAUUAUUCGAAUUCUCGAUUAGUGUCGUCUUAUCGCGCGGAUUAUCGACUAAGACCGGUUUCGAGCAGCUUGGGUAUCCGGCGACGUAUAUAUUUUAGAGGAAAUAUAUUACGAGGGGACCGAAACGAUAUUCAAAGCAUCCGAGAUCGAGACGAGCGUCUAAUAAUUAAUCACUCUAUGUUUUUCAUUGGUUUUUCCGGUAUUACGCGUUUCGACGCACGCGCACACAUAUUCCUAGAUCUCGAGACGGUGAUUCGGGAAACGCUGGAGAGAAAGGAUCCGGAUCACGAGCCCGGUGAGAGAAAACCGGCGUCGUGUCGACAUUGAAAAUCGUUCGGUUUCAUCCCUUUUGAAUUUCGUUCGGAAAGGAUAAAACGUUUUGCACGAGGAAAUACAGAUAUUUAUCGGAAUUUAUUCAAUGUUUGUACCACCGGUUCCCAACUAACUGGUCUUAGGACGGUAUUUUACACAGCUGAACCGGUUGUAGGUGUACACUUCUUUUUACGGGAAGGAAAGGAAUAUAAAAGAGAAGGACACGUUAAACUUCGCUGUCGGUGGAUGAUUCUUUUUCCGGAACUCGUACCGACGGUCGACUAGGAAAUAAGUCAGGGAGAAGUUUCUCUUUGAUAUAUUUAUAUCGAAAGAACUGGAAGGGUCGGUCGGAGCCGGUGCGACGGCAGAUUGCCCGCCUCUAAUUGCCGCGAUUGCGCUGGGUAUAAACGACUCCCACGGAUGAAUAGCGUCGUUCGACGCGUACGAGUUUCGGUGAUCGGAUCCGUUUGUUUUUCGUUUCGCGAAACCGUACGAAUUGUCAAGGGUUUUCGAUAGUUGAUUGAAAACAAAAAACAAAAAUUCUGCUGGACAACCGCCUCGAUCUUCGGACGAUCGAGCGAUUUCUCCGGAUCCCGCGGAUCGAAAGCCGAACGAUCGCGUUCCUCGUUGACGCCGUUCGAGCGCUGCGUAACAAGUCGAACGAACCGCGUCGCGGUCGAUGAUCCACCACACCCCGUUAUCGAGUCGGUGUCGUUGCUUCAUUCCCGAAAUGCGUAUCGUUGUCCCCCGAUGAAUAAAGUAAUUGUUUGCCGGUCGAUUAUAAUAUAUUAAUGAUCGCUGUGCGAUCACGAAAGUUCCGACAUAAACUAAAUAGCGCCUACUACGAAUGACACGAUCCAAUUAGCAAAUCUGGUUGUGGCUGUUUUCUGAAGAAUCUUCGCGAGAUUGUUUUCUUUUCUUCUUAGGCGAGCGAAACGGAGUCACGAGUGAAGUAGAUAGGAAAUAGUUUGCAUUUAAUCUCACGGAGAAACGUAUAAGCCUGACUUACGAAUUUUCUUUUUUUUUCGACUCGUUCACGUAUGUAGCUUGGUUCCGACUUACGCGUGUGCAGCCCUUUCCUUCUCAGUAAUUUUUCCGCCUGUGGAGACGAAACGUUGGUUCAUUCGCGAAUUCGAGGUUGUUACGUUUGUUCCCUUUCCUCUUUUCUUUUCUUUCUUCGUUCUUUUCUUCUUUUAUAUAAUACACAUUUUUCUAAUCUGGCAACAUUGCCAACCGAAACAAGAAUGACGAGUGAUACAACGGGUAACUUUUUUACCCCUUUUUUUACGCCUCCGUUCCAUUCCUUCCCCCGCGUUUCUCGCGAAGAAAUGGCAUUCGCAUGCCGGCGACGACGGGAGAAACAAUAAAAUCUUUAUCACGUGCUUUCUUCUUCUUUUUUUGGUUCUUUUUUCGUCGACUUUCGCGUUGCUUUCGAACGGGUGCAAUAGGCGAAUUGAUACAGGGGAAAGAGAGCCUACGCGAGCGGAAUCGUUAUGUUUGUUAUUGUCUAAUUAUCGAGAAAAGGGAAUAUCAUUUCUCAGGGUAACAAAAGGCGCGGAGGUGUAUCGGAAGGGUUAGGAAAGAAGAGAUUGAACGAAGGAUAUUUUUUAAACGAAAAUUUCGUUUCUUGAUGGUUCCGAUAACUGGAGAGUUAUUAUUGCACGCUACGAUUUAUUAUUGUUUAAUUUUGCUCGUCACGGUGCUCAUAAAGUUGAAUACGAAACGAGAGGAAAUUUAAAAGGAGAAAACGGUAACGCAAUUUUUAUAAGAGGGGAGAGGGUGGGAGAGAGAGAGAGAGAGAGAGAGAGAGAGAGAGAGAGAGAGAGAGAGAGAGAGAGAGAGAGAGAGAGAGAGAGAGAGAGAGAGAG